AUGGCGGCGGCCGGCGGCGCGCUGUGGGCCGAGGUGCGCGCGCUGCUGCCCGCCGCCGAGGCGGCGCUGCCGCUGCCGCCGCCCGGCGAGGUGGAGGAGUGCGUCCCGCCGCUGCUGCGCCGCGCCCGCGCGCUGCUCUACGGGGCGGGCGGGCCGCCGCGCGGGCGGGCGGCGGCGGCGCUGCGGCGCCUCGGCGCCGUGCUGCGCGACUACUCGUGGGAGAAGCUGAACGCGCGGCCGUGGCGGGACGUCGGCAAGGCCUGGCGGCAGGUCUACGCCUACGGCUGCCUCUUCGGCGCGCUGGCCGAGGCGGCGGGCGGCGGGCCGCUGGCGCCGGCCGUGCGCCUCUGCGACAUGGGGCUGCUCAUGGGCGCCUCCAUCCUCGACAACGUCCUGGCGCGGCUCGUCCGCGUCCUGCAGGCGCGUCUGCCCCGCGGGGAGCCCCGUGCCGCGCCCGCCGGCGCCGCCCAGCGGGUCCAGAUCGAUCCUCUCCCAACUCCUUUUAUACAGCCAGAAGAUGCACUCCCACAUCUUCACUGCCCUUCACUAGAGCAUUUCAGAGACAACUAUUUAAUUCCACAAAAGCCAGUUGUUUUGGAAGGGGUUAUUGACCACUGGCCAUGUAUGAAGAAGUGGAGUGUGGACUAUUUUUGUCAAGUUGCGGGGUGCCGCACAGUUCCUGUAGAACUGGGUUCCCGAUAUACGGAUGAGGAAUGGUCUCAGAAACUCAUGACUGUCAGCGACUUCAUCAACCAGUAUAUCAUAAAUGAGAACAGCGUAGGAUACCUUGCCCAGCACCAGCUUUUUGAUCAGAUCCCAGAAUUAAAGGAGGAUAUCAAUAUCCCUGACUACUGCUGCCUGGGGGAAGGGGAAGAGGACGACAUCACCAUUAAUGCUUGGUUUGGUCCACAAGGCACUAUCUCACCUCUUCAUCAGGAUCCCCAGCAAAACUUUUUGGCCCAGGUAUUUGGAAGAAAAUAUAUCCGUCUAUAUUCACCGCAAGAUUCUGAAAACCUAUAUCCACAUGAAAGCCAUAUUCUUCACAACACUAGUCAGGUCGAUGUGGAGGAUCCUGACUUAAUUAAGUUUCCCAAUUUCAGAAAGGCUGCAUCUCAGUCUUGUAUUCUGAUGCCUGGGCAAGUUUUGUUUAUUCCAGUUAAAUACUGGCACUAUGUACGAUCUCUUGAUAUCAGCUUCUCUGUAAGUUUCUGGUGGUCAUAGGCUGGAAGUAUGCAUAAAAUCUUAAAAUUUUAAUAGCUAUUAAAAAGAAGAAAAAGUGGCUUUUGACACUCUACAGAAGAUAAUUCUUUUUUAAACAUGAGAAGGUUCUUCUCUGUCCAGAGUUCAGAGCUGGAUAUAAAAUAAUUUCCUAUUUCAGAAUGGUGAAAGAAUCUGGACAACUAAAAGGAAGUAAGUUGGUACAGCUAUUUAUUUUUGUGAAUGUUUCCGGUAUAAGCUCCUUGUAAAGAGCAUCUGCCAACUGAUCAUACGCUAUGCACAUGCACAUUCUAAACAGCUCGAUAUAUGCGCACUGCCAAGACACUGUGGCUCAAACAAUGUUUGGAACAAAAGAUGCAUAUAACCAAGCUAGUGUUUCCUCCUGUUUGAAUUUAGUAACAGUAAAAAUUGGAGUUAAACAAACAGUGAGGGAGAAUGCUGCCCACAAAUUCAAUAUAUUAAAGUGCUAACAUGAAGCAUGAUACCAGUCUCUGAUGUGGAAAAAGUUAGUAGUAUUAAGGACUAGAACUACACUUAAUUGUCGUUAACCCAUAGUUCAGUUACGUAAAUUGAAACUUAAUCGUACUUUGGUUAAUGAUUAGCUGAACUGCUGACAUUCUGCCUUUCCCUGAGAAAGUCUUGAGUUUCAUUUUCGUUUCUACCAAGGGAAGAUACAUUGCUAUUCAACUCUGGCAUUUGGCAGUGCAGUCUUUUUAUCAAGCCACUCUUAAAAGGAAAAAGCAUCCUUUCAGAAAACAAGGGAGAUAUGCUUGGCAUUGUGCUGAAGGUGACCCUGCUUGAGCAGAGAGGUUGGACUAGAUGAUCUCCAGAGAUCCCUUCCAACCUCAGCCAUUCUGUGAUUCUGUAUACAAGAAAGCCUCCAGCAAAGCUGUGCAGACAUAACUGUUUAGGAGAACAGUCAGGUCACUGACAAUUUUAUUGCAAGCUUCUUAAAAACUUUGGAAAAAAAACACUUAAAAUUACAGUUAUUAAUGAAUACAAUUGCAGUCUGGCUAUUCUGCAAGAGAAUGGAAAAAACUUUUCACUGAAAGAAAGUCUUAACACCAUCUAGUGCUGAGAACGAAGCUCUCUUCCUCUUUCUCUUUUUGAUGACAACUGGGAAUCUAUCCGACUCACCUCUGUCAAGAAAACAAAAGCAAAGUUAAUGAAUGCUAGAAAGGAAGAUAUGGCAUGACCUCCAGUUUCUCAAAAUGCUUUAUAUAUUCUUGGGCUUCUGUUCAUAAAAUCUAAUUUCACUGUCUAAA